CUAUGAUUUUGCUGUGUAAUGUGGAAUGAAAAAAAUUAGCAAAAAAUCCGUCGUCUAUCUAGCUGACGUGCUUACUCGACGGACAUAGUACAUACAAGUUGGAUAUAUUUCGUUUUAACAUGUGUACUGCGUGAGAAUUUAAUCCGCAUCGUGGUUCCGCAGUGUAAACGUAUAUUUGUAUACGACAAGAUCGAAUUGAUUGAUGCGAAAUGUCCUUAAUCAGGUCCUUAUGGAGAUGUACAUUCAGUCCGAGGCUUUUCAAGAUUUACGAGGUAACGUGGAUCGGUCAUCUGGUUGACAAAUCUUACGAGCCGAAGAACUUGGAAAGAUGGGGCGAUCAAAUUGUCAUUUCCUUUGCAGCUAUAUGGUCCAUCAGUCUUUAUGCUGUACCACUUAUCGCUACGUUUAUGUAUCAACGAAGUUAUUCCUUGACAGAUAAUGUUUUCUGUUUGAGUAAAUUGGCAGCUGGUGCUGGUGCACUUCUCAUUGCUUCGUUAGCUGCACGUGGUUACUCCAGAGUUAACAAUCCUGUAUAUGUGAAAUUUGUACAAACUUUAAAUGAGGCACAUUUACAAUAUAAUGAAAGAACAAAACAGAAGCUUCAUAAAUACGACUUUGAAUUUUGGGCAUGGCCUGUGGAUUUUGAUAUAUCCGAAUUAAAAGGUGACAGAAUUGCAGACAAAUUGACACUAGAAAAAAUUGCAAAAGCUAGUGGGCGUCUAAAACGUCAAAGUGGCAAAGAUUUUUUAUUUGCUAUACCAUGUAAACUACUUUCUUAUAUAGUGGCGCAUACUCUUGCAAUCAAAUUGAUUUAUCCUGGCAGUGUAUCUAUUAUCAGCUGGGCACUCGGUUCUACAUUAUUAAAGGGAAGGAUAGAUUUGAUAAAACAAAAUGGGGAAAGAUUCAAGCUGAUGACAGCUGAUAAAAAUCAAAUUGAUGCAAUAUUCAUCGAUCGACGCAACAAUUUUUGCAGGAACGCUAAUGGUGAAAUAUUAGUAAUAUCUUGUGAAGGAAAUUGUGGUUUCUAUGAAACAGGUAUUAUAUCCACUCCUAUGAAUAAGGGCUAUUCGGUACUAGGUUGGAAUCAUCCUGGUUUCGGCGGUAGUACUGGCGCACCAUAUCCAGACCAAGAAGAAAAUGCCGUCGAUUGUGUAAUGCGUUUUGCGAUCGAGCGUUUAAAGUUUCCCGGAGAACGCAUUAUCCUGUAUGGAUGGAGCAUUGGAGGAUAUACUGCUACCUGGACUGCUAUGAACUAUCCUUCUAUUCACAGCUUGGUUUUAGAUGCUACAUUUGACGAUAUACUUCCACUAGCUAUUAAAGCAAUGCCACCGUCCCUAGAAGGUUUAGUCCGCAAUAUAAUUAGAGAUUAUUUUAAUUUGAAUAUCGCAGAACAAUUGAAUAGAUAUAAUGGAACUGUAUUAUUAGUGAGAAGAACAGACGAUGAAAUUAUUUGUAUACCUAAUAAUAGCUUAGCUGGAAAUCGCGGCAAUAUGCUGCUUACAAAAUUGCUUCUCAGACGUUAUCCGCAUUUAUUUUCUGAAACUUCCGAAUCUGCAACUGUUUUAUCGAGAUUCUUAUCCACUGAAACUUCUGAUAGAGAAUCAAUAUUGGAAUCGUUGAGAGUAGAGGAAAAGCAUUGUCUAGAACUGAUAACAGCUGAUAUACGAAAAAAUGAUGGGAUAAUAGAUUAUCCAUCUACUUUAGGACAAGAUUGUAACAUUAAGACGAAAGUGCAGUUGAUCCUUUUUCUUGCAUCAAUGUAUAUGAAAGACCAAUCUUCAUCACAUUGCAUCCCAUUGGCUGUUGACCUCUUUCAUCCGGGUUGGGACCCAGCAUCUACAAUCACUGUAAAGUAAAUUUUUCUCGAUAUUGUGUCUAAAAAAAUCAGAAGCUUUUCAAGAGAACUUACUCAUAUAGUACAAUAUGAAUGAGCAAAAGCAGUAACAAUCUCCAAUGCAUUUCAUAUUAAGUUUUAAUUAGCACAUGUACACAAGCAUUAUUUAUUCCAUAUUAGUCUGUACAAUCUUUGACAAGUUAUUGAAAAAAAUGUUACAUACUAAGUAUCUUAGUUUUCAUUCACAGUGAAAACGUUCUGCUUGAAUUAUUGAUAGUUUGUAUUUUUCAAAUUAAUUAUACAAGUUACACAUCACACCAAAUACUGCACAUGUAUAAAAAAAUUAUUUUUA